UUGUAUUCUAGACUUCUUAGACCCGGGGAUCCAGGCUGGAUUGGUCGUGCUCGCGUUCCACAACCAUCUACAAAAGAUUAUGUAGUACGACCUCGCUGGCGAUCAGACGAAUUUGACGAUCAAGAUGGUGAAGGUGAGCAACAAGUUGUAAGGCGCAAAAGGAGUACAAUUUCUGCAGGUCAGAAGCCAUCUUCUCGCCUACAAGUACACAUCCGAAAUCUCUCAGGACGUUCCCGUGCACAGAAAGCCAAAGUGCCUCGGGCGGUUCCCAUGAGUAUUGAGGGCCGUCGAAUGGCUCUGUGA